AUGGAGGGCAGGCACCAGUAUUUGAAUGGUAACCCGAAAGCAAUAUUCUUCACUGAUUUCGACGGAACUGUUACUUUGCAGGACUGUAAGCAAUAUAUACUCGCCCUUUUCACUUCUUCAUAUUUUGCGAAGCCAUUACUAAGAAGUUUAUCAGGCAAUGACUACCUAGUUGACAAUUUCGGCUUCGGGGCCGAAAAACGCCGGAUGCUUGAGCUCAAAGUCCUAAAUGGAACUUUGGCAUUCAGGGAUGCUUUUCAGGCUAUGCUUGACAGCGUGCGACUACCCUUCAAUGAGUGCCUUCGUAUCGUUCAGGAAAAUAUCCAGCUCGACCCCAGUUUUGUCAACUUCUAUCUCUGGGCAAAAGAGAAAAGUAUUCCAAUUGUGAUUCUGUCAUCCGGAAUGACGCCUGUGAUAGAGGCAUUGCUGGUUUCCUUAUUUGCUGGCAAGCCUAGCAAUAUAUUUAUCGUUGCAAACAACGUUGCCCCUCACAACGGUAAACAUAUCAACAUGGUUGGUGGAUGGCAAAUUAAGUAUCGCGAUGAUAGCAUAUUUGGCCACGACAAAUCGCUGGAAAUUAAGCAUUGCGUUGCACUGCCUGUCGGAGAACGUCCUGUGGUGGCUUUUGCGGGAGAUGGAGUCUCAGACCUCUCUGCUGCGUCCCAAACAAACAUCCUAUUCGCCAAAGAAGGCCUAGAUCUAAUGAAGUACUGCAAACAGAAACGGAUUCCUUUUGUGGCCUUCAAUGAUUGGGAUUCUAUUCUUGACACAAUGCAAGACAUCUAUGAGAGAACAGUGAAGAUCUAG